AUCACCCCCAAGCACGUCCACAGCCGCCACCACCAUGGCUGGCCCAAAUCUCGAAAUAUUCAAGUUUUCUGUCUACCUUUUUGUGCCGAUAUGGGCUCUCGUUCACUUUGGAGAUCCUUCUUGGUAUCGAAACAAUGUCCUUCCAUACAAGGAUAAGCUGUUUCCCCCAACUGUACAAAAGGAAAUCCCUACCGAGCAAAAGCUUUUACGGGAGCAAUUAGCGCAAAUUAAGGCUGACCGGAUCACCUCUGCUCGAGCAAGAAGUAAUGAUGAUUCUUAAUUGCAUGGACCCAUCUGUCUUCCACCAGCUUUGUUCUUCUCAACCACUUUUUUGUAAAGUUCUAUGUCACCAAGGGAAACCUUGAACCCACCACAGACAACGAAUACGGCUGUCCUUUCCUGCAUCGAGUUCGCCGGCCCUGGAACGAGUUUAUUGAACAAGGUGGGACUGUAUGCAGGGGUAAGGGUCGUAGCACAAGCCAGCUCUACCAAAAUUUUAUGGUCAC